CUCCUCGAGAUCCGGACCAACAAACGCACCGAAGGUCGCAUCCAACGGCAGAUGACGCCCCCACAAGAAAGUCGUCGCGCGGUCUCCUCCGCCGCUCCCGCCACUCUCCUGCUCCUCCUCCUCGCCGGCGCCGCCGACGCCGUGCCACCCCUCGUCGGCGUUUCUCCCAAGGACGAGGCGUACUUCGCGCCGCAGGUGAUCGCCUGCAGGGACGGCUCAGGCUCCUUCCCCAGGAGCCGGCUCAACGACGGAUACUGCGAUUGCACCGAUGGAACCGACGAGCCAGGCACUUCGGCUUGCCCAGAAGGCAAAUUUUACUGUAUAAAUAUUGGAGAUCAUCCUCGUAUCUUGUUCUCUUCGUUUGUGAAUGAUAACAUUUGCGAUUGUUGCGAUGGAAGUGACGAGUAUGAAAGUGGCAUCCAUUGUCCGAACACAUGUAGAAAGAGACCUGAUAUUGCUGUGGCAGACAAUGGUGUUAGUGAGCUGUCAGUCGCACAUUUAGAUGGUACGGACAUAAUUUCUAGUAAACACACACUUGACAUAGAAGAUCUUAUCCAGAAGCUAGGAGGAUUAAGAAUGGCUGCGGUCAUUGAACUGGGUCUUGUUGUAUGUAUUUUCGUUUUCUGCUUUGCUCGACGGAGCACUCGGAUACGGAGGAGGCAGUAUAUCUUGAAACGUUAGAAAAGUUUGAAGGUUGUAGGGCUGAUCGAGGAUUGGAGAUGGGAAAGCCAUGCAUCCACAAGGUUUCUACAAGUAAAUAGCCUACGCAUCUGCUGUUAAAAAGAAACAAGGCCAGGACAGUCGCAAUUUGUCUAUGAGCUCGAGUCCAUGCAAUAUUUUCUCACCGGCCUUCCCGCCUGUAGCACCAGUUCAGUGUUGUGUUUGAGUGUUGUUUGCGAUGACGUGCAUAGGGUGGAGGUGUUCGCAGUAAGUUCUCAACGUUCUAUCUCUGUCUUGGUGUAGCAGUCGCAGCCGACACAAUGAGCAGGUGGUGUUUUGGCCGGCCCAGUAGAUUGCCGUGGCACGUCCGUCCGGCGGGUUGCGACUUUUCUUGUUGGGCAGAGGGAAGCUCCGUCUGUGCGAGCUGAAGUUGGACAAGCUGCCACCUCUAUUUACCUUGAUCGCUGCCUGUUCUGUCUUUGUGGAUGGAUGUCCCAAAUGUUUGUCCUCCUAGGUAUCUAUCUUUUAAUUUUGAUCAGAUGAUGCUUGCCUUGAUGUAAUGUUCACGGUGCUGUAAGAAACUCUGGCCGACGAUAGUAUGAUAAUAUUUCAUCCGAAA